AAAUGUGGCGAUGUAGGAAUUAGUUUGGAUCUGAAAGUUUCCAUUUUUCUGUUGCGUAUCUAUAGAUUUCGAUUCUGCUUCUUUGAAAUCUUAUAUCUUUUUCCUAUUUCUGCUAAAUAUAUUUUGUUCCCUAUGGAUUGAGAUUUUUGGUUUCCAUUUCUUGGAUCUGGGAAAAUGUAAAGGCUGCCAUUAUGAAAUUUAGCUCAUGGGAGCUUAAUGGACGACGAUGCGUUGAAUAUGCGUAAUUGGGGUUACUAUGAACCAUCUUUUAAAGGACAUCUUGGUCUUCAGCUCAUGACUAGCAUGGCUGAGCGGGACACGAAGCCCUUUAUUCCCGGUCAUGACCCCAAUCUCAUGGUUACUCCCAAUUCCGCCUUUAACCCGAGGGACUGCAUUGUUUCGGACGCACCUAUCCCCAUACACUACGUUCGGGAUACUUGGAUUAGCCAGAGAGAAAAGUAUUUCAGCAUGAUGCCGCCUUCCACUGCUCCUAGUUACGGCAUUCUUCCAGAAACUUUGGCAGCUCAUUCAUUGCCGAUUUUGCAGCUACCACCUCCUGAUACGUCAACAAGAGAUGAGAGGGUGGUUGGUAGAGUGGAAGAGCCACCGGCCAGUCAGGAAGACUUACAAUCGAAGAAAAGGCAGGGCGGGGGUGGCCCUAAGACACCAAAGGCCAAAAAGCCUAGGAAGCCCAAGGAUGACACCAAUUCUACUGUUCAACGUGUGAAGCCGCCUAAGAAGAGUAUGGAUAUUAAGAUAAACGGGUACGACAUGGAUAUUUCUGGCAUUCCAAUUCCUGUUUGUUCAUGCACUGGAACCACCCAGCAAUGUUACCGAUGGGGUUGUGGUGGUUGGCAAUCUGCCUGUUGCACCACAAAUGUAUCCAUGUAUCCUUUACCAAUGAGCACCAAAAGGCGGGGCGCAAGGAUAGCUGGCCGGAAAAUGAGUCAGGGGGCAUUCAAGAAGGUCCUCGAGAAACUUGCUGGCGAAAACUAUAACUUCAGUAACCCUAUCGAUUUGAGGACUCAUUGGGCAAGACAUGGUACCAACAAGUUUGUCACUAUCCGGUAGAUUCAGAUUGGUGGUAGUGAUACUGGGGCUCCAUUGCAUAUGGUCUGCUUUACCUGUAUAUAUCACUACGGCCUUCUGCGGAGUUCUUCGGUGCCUUGCGGCUCCUGAAUUUCCCGAAUCGUAACAAUGUUUUAAAAUUCAAACGUCAUUAGUUUUCCUUUAUGAUUUUGUGGUUUAAGAACAUCAGUUUAUUUUGGUCAUUGACAUUCAAGUUGUGGAUCAGGUUUUAUUUUCA